UUUAAGCAUUCUCCUGUUCUAAUCUGUUUUCAAAAAUGCGAAGCUCUUUUGUUCUAUUAUGCCUGGCGGCCGUGUGCCUUGUCGGUGGCGCCCAAGCUGCAUCCUAUAAGCGAGGCGAUAAAAUCUCCGAACAUUUCAAACAAUUGGAUUUGGCACCCGAGGAAAUCGAUCCCAAUGUGGCGCCCUUGGAUAGUGAAAAUGAAGUGAUUUUCGAUAGUGAAAUUGUCGAUCAGGCUGAGGAGGAAGCUGUGGCCGCUGCUGCUGCCAUUACCGAAGAAACACCCGUUGAAGAGGCGGCUCAAUCUGUGGCCACCACGGCGGCACCGGUUACCACUGCUGCUGCUGCGGCAGCUGCCACUGAAGCUCCCGUCAAGGUCGAAGAGGAGUCACAAAAUGUCUUGGCCAAAUACUGUAAAUGUAGUGGCAACCAUUGCGAUUGCUGUCGUAACUUCAAUUUGCCCUUCAUUCCCGUCAAGGGACCCGGCUGUGCCCGCAUGAGUUAUUUGGGUAACGAGAAAAUGGCUGUCAGUUUGAAAUAUGGCGAUCUCACCUUGAUUACCAGGACUGUGUCGAGUAGACGUGCCCGCCCUAUUUGUGUUGGCCUCCCCGGUGGCUAUUCCCAGUUCUGUGGCCGCAUUUAUGGUCUCUCCAAGGCCAGUGAAAACUUCAAGGCUUGCUUAGGUUUUGAAUUGCGCGCCGAUGAUGAGGUGGAGGCUGCCUUGCGUGUAUCUUGCUUCAAGUUCGGCAAAGAUGGUUUGAAGGUGGCCGAUGCUGAACCUCUGCCCAGUGAGGCUGUGAAGCAGGAGGAAGAUGAUGAUGAUGAUAUUUUCGGUUUCGGAGGAGCUGGUGACGAUGAUGAGGAUGAUUAUGAUGAUGAUGCCGAGGAUGAAGAACCCGAAGAUGAUGAUGAUGAUGCCGACACCGAUUAUGCCGAUGAUGAUGACACCGAAAAUGAUGAAGCUCCUGCCGAUGCCGACUAUGGCGGUUUCAGUUUAGCUGGUCUCUUGGAUGAGUUGGACGAUGACGAAGAUGAUGAUGACACCAAACCGGUGGCCGCUUCACCUGCCACCACAGCUCCCGUGGAUGCCACCCGCACCGCUGAUGCUGCCCAGAGCAAGGAUGAAAAAGGUACCGAAGCUGUUGCCCAAGCCACCGAAAUGAUGGAUGAUGCUGCCACCAUGGCCGACACUGUGGCUCCCGCCACAGAGACCACAACGAGCACCGUUGCCAAAACGAAAAAAGCUAAAAAGGCCAAGAAGAACAAGAAAAAGAAGGCUGCCGAACCCGAGGGCGGUGAUUUCGCCUAUGAACUUUUGAAUGGCCUACUGGAUUUUUUCAACUAAGCCUGCAGCCAGAGGUUGCAGGCAUGCUAGGCAAUAGUGUAAAUACAGUCUUUUGAGAGGUGUCUCAUGGGUGCAAAGUUAAUAGAAAAAAAAAUGUAGCUUUUAAUUUAAUUUAUAGAAAAAAAGGAGGAAAUAAUUUAUUUAAUUUAAAAUGCAAGCUAAUUUAUUUUUUUUUUUGUAAAAUAAUUUAAUUUAUUGAAUAAAAUUAGAAAAGAA